AUGAAUAUAAUUCUCAUUAUUUUCCCCUACCAGUAUGAGGUGAAAGCUCCCGUUCCUUCUGCCUGUUUCAGGAAUAUUUGUAAGCAAAUGGCAAAAAUGCACGAAGCUAUAAUUGAUCUCCUUCCAGAAGAACAAACACAGAUGUUAUUUUUAAGAAUUAAUGCAAGUUACAAACUCCACUUGAAAAAGCAAUUAUCUCACUUAAAUGUGAUAAAUGAUGGAGGACCUCAAAAUGGGUUGGUCACAGCAGAUGUAGCUUUUUACACUGGAAAUCUUCAAGCCUUAAAGGGCCUUAAAGAUUUGGACCUAAAUAUGGCCGAGAUCUGGGAACAGAAGAGGUGAUAUCAUACUGGAAAACUGGGGAGCUCAUCUGACCACGGGAUGUGUGUUUAUGAAGAAAUUUUGGAUGCCUAUGAUUUGAGAACUGAACCUGGAACCCAAAGUGAACUGGGGUGGGGGAAGGGGAACAGUAAUGUAUCAGUGUUGGGAAACUGGAUUCAGUGGGAUCUAUGAGGAAUGCCAUUUUUGUGCAUCCUUCAGUGAGGAGUAACUGAUCAGGUGUCUAUAACAUUUUUCAUUCUCUCUGGAAACAGACUCAGGUUUCUUUGGACCAAAUCCAAAAGAACACAUAGCUGUAACACAGCUGUAGCUGACUAGAAUGCUCUGUAUACUUUAUAUUAAAAAAUGCUUUGCAUUUCUUCAGUGCAAUGAAAUUCAUAUGGUGUCCCACCUUAUUUAAUGAUGGUACAAUUUAAAAUAUUGAAAUCUUAAGUCAACCUCUGUAGGAAGUUUUCUCUAUGAAAGUAAAGCGUUGGAAAAAUUAUUUUUUUACAGAUCUUUCUAUAAAAAAAUAAACAUCUUUUGAUUGCUUGGAUUUAGGAAUUCAAUUUUUGUUUAGUGACCAAUGUCAAGUUUAGGUUUUGUGUAUUGUGUAUUUAAUAUUUCUACUACCACCAUAUGUCGACUGGGUAAAGCCUUCCAGGGCUGUCUAUAUAAAUACUUGAAAGGCUGAUUACAAGUAAUAAUUAAAGAAUAAGAUACUGGCAUUUAUUUAUGCAACUAAUUUAAAUACAUUUAAGAAGUGGUAUACAAAAGGCUACAGUUUAAUAUCUGCAUUUUUAUAAAACUACCUACGAAGGGUUUGGGGUGGCAUUUUCCCCCUUUUUAUUUCUAGCAGAGGUGAGACUACGCAUUCAUAUAAUCUGCCUACUUUUGAGUUUUCAUUUUAACAUUUAGAUCACAUGGAGUAUGGCCCCCUUGGAUUCUUAUUUUUAAGUUGCUUUUGAUGUGCAUAAGGGUUGUUCGCCAGACCAGGGAGAAACAGAACUUUGAAAACAUAGGCUGCUGUGUUGGGGCCACAGGUGACAAGUUAAAGAUUUUUAUAAAACCCUCCCUUCAAAAUUAGAAUCAGGAGCACUCUAAAAUGAAAGUGCCUGUGACUCACCUCACACCAAGAAUCUUGCCUAACCCUGUCAGAGUGCCUAAUCUUGUGGUGAUUAUGUACAGUGAAAUAGUCUUAUUUUGUGCUCUUUGGGUUUUCUUAAAGGAAAGCUUGUUUUCUUUCCUUUUUCAUUACAGAGGUAUGUCGUUGGUUCUUAAACUGUCUAAAAUAAAGCUAUAAAAAAUAACCAGA